AUGGGAAGAAGCUACUUUGUGGAAGAAACUGUUGGACAAUAUCUGUCAGAGCUCACCACCAAAUCUAAGCCUUUUAUCACUGGCCUUUUAGUAGGGCAGUGCUCCCCACAAAGAGAUUAUGUUAUCCUAGCCAUUCAGACCCCUCCAAAAGAUGAAGAGAACAAAAACAAUGCCGGAUCCAGUUCAGAGUUGUCGAACAUUGAUGAGGAAUGGACAACAGCACAUGCCAACCAGGUGUCAAGAAUGCUUCCUGGAGGACUAUUAGUUCUUGGUGUAUUUACUAUUGCAAUUCCAGAGCUGUCAAAAGAAAUCCAAAGUACUCUGCGCACGCUUGUCUUCUCAGUAGAAAAAUCUGUAGCUAGAAAAAGGCUGUGGAGCAUCUCGGAGGAAGAUGUGUCUGACCGGGUGGUUUUUCAUCUUUGUUCUGCUACAAAGAAGUAUCUUUGUCGCACGUAUGACAUACAAGAUCCAAAAAGUACAGCUAAGCCAGCAGACUGGAAGUACCAGAACGGUCUAUCCACUUCUUGGCUAUCUUUAGAAUGCACAGUUAAUGCUAACAUACACAUCCCGCUAUUGGCUACUUCGGCUUACCACGAACUAGAGAAAAACAUACGGAAUGGAUUAACUCGGUGGGCCAAGCAGAUAGAGGAAGCUGUCAUUUUGAUCAAUGGCCAAGUCAAGGAGGAAGAUGCUGACUUAAUGGAUGGUCAGAAAAAGUCUGGAAGAGGAACCAUGCAGUCAACUACCCAGUCUCUUGAAGCCAGGAUUCUAACACAGUUGUCACAGAAGUCAAACUCCAGAUCUACAGCAACUGUCCAGAUAUGCAGUGGUUCCAUAAAUCUCAAAGGUGCUUUAAAAUGCAAAGCUUACAUCCAUAAUAACAAGCCAAAAGUUAAGGAUGCUGUUAAGGCCUUGAAAAGAGACAUAAUAAGCACACUCUCUGAUCGGUGUGAAAUCUUGUUUGAAGAUCUGCUUAUGAAUGAAACGUCAGGAAAGAAAAGUCCAGAAAGGAGGUAUCAUGCCUUGCCUGGCAGAGUAUUUGCCCCCGUCGCAGGGUCCUGUGUGCUGGUUUGUGACUACAAGUUUGGCAAUGAGACAGUCGGGGAAAUCCAAGAGCGUUUUCUUGAAAUGCUGGAUCAAGCUGUCCAAGCUGAGGAAUUACACACAGUAGAGGAAAUGAGCACAGUUGAAGUAAUCCCACCGAAGGAAUUUCCAGAUGACAUUCAACACAAACGGUUGACAAAAGAAACACUGCUGCUGAAACUUCACCAAAACAUAGGAAUAGUGAUAGCUGUGGCUGUUGCUAUAUCAGCUGCAGCCUUCUCCUUUAACUACUUCAGCGACUAGACUUCUGACUUUGAGAAUCAUCCCUGCAAACUCCAGCCACCACAGACAUCUUAAGAAGAACUGCACCUCUGGAAAUGAUUGCAUUAGCAACCCAAUGUGUCAGCUAUAAAAAGAAAAAGAAAGAAACCAAUUUGCUGUUCUAAAUAAUAAUGAUGAUAGCUUUGGCAGUCUUGUUUCU